UUGUAUUGACUUGUAUUGACAGUGCUGAUCGUAAAAUUGCGCAUUAUCAAUGAAGAUUAUCUGAAAAAUAAAUAAAAAAAUCAGUUCCGUUCUUGUGGUCAGUGUUUGUUUAAGUAGAUGUCUCGAGGUAAUUAGCUAUCAACACCGAACACUGUAAUUCUAUUCUGAUGAAAUGAACGAAAAGAUUCGGGAAAAAAAAGAUCGGUUCAUUUCAAGUUUAUUUUGUUUCGUGCUUCCCCACACACCGAGGCUCCGCCCUGCCCAUCACCGAGGCCCCGCCCUGCUGAUGAAGGAGGAGGAUGAGGAGGAGGAGUUUAUAAACGCGCUGUGCUGCUCCGGUACACCGGGGCUUUCUCAACUUCUGCUGGUCCUCACACCGGAGCAACAUGGCGGAGAGCACACACCUCUCCGAGUCUACACACACUUCUGGAGCAGAUGGAGGAGUUUUCUGUCAGGAUUAUUGAGGAAUAAAAUUACCGGCAUCCGGUCCUGAAAGCUCGCGCCGACAUGAGCGACUGUACUACAGAGGUGAGGUUUAGUCCCUCUCUGCCCUCAGAGUGUGUUCUCCGCUCCGGUGCUGUUAUAUUCCCCGGUGUGUAUGAUCAGCUGGGAUAUGCUCUGGUUGUUUUCCCGGUGGAGUUUCAGAGUAAACUGCUGUGUGAUGUCACUAAAGAGGAAGUAGCAGAGUUUGUGUGUUACUGUCUCCGCCUACACAGUAAGAGCAGGUCGGAGUGUCUGGUGUCGGUGGUGGCUGAUUUGAGAGACGCUUCAGUGGCUGUGACCAGACGCAUGGCUGAGAUCCUCCUGCUGCUGCAGCUCCACCAGCGCACUGUCCACUCCUUCUACGCUGUUCAGCCCAAAAAGCGAGAUGUCCAGAAGCUGCUGCAGAAGCUCCUGAGCUCCAACUCCAAAUGUUCACCGGCGGUUAAGUGCGUGUUCCUCAGAGAAGUCUUUGAGCUGAGUAACUACGUGGACCGCAGUCAGCUUCCUGCUGAUCUGGGAGGAUAUUUUAUCUACAGUCAUGAGAGCUGGGUCUCCUUCAUCAAAGAGAUGGACAGUUUUGUUCAGGAGUUUGUGGCUGUGGUCAGGAAGUUGCCGGUGUGUAUCAGCGCUCUUCAGGACUUCUCUAAACUCUCCGUUCCUACCGAGUAUGAACCUCUAGCUGUUUUCUGUUCCACCAAUCAGGCGCGACUCCAGCAUCUUCGCAGAGAUCUGGGUCUGGACGCCUUGUUUAGGAGGUGUGAGUGUGUGCUGGAGAAGUUCCGUUAUCCUGAGAGGGAUCCGUGUUACCAGGCCAUGGUGGGAACUGUGCUGUUCACACACACUGCUUUGGAGAUGCUGCAGAACUAUGACAGAAUCAAAGCAGCAGUGGAGAAAGUGGAGUUGCUGUGGAGACGUGUUUUCUCCAGCGCUCUCCUCCGACUCCAGGUCCUCCAGCUUCAGAGAGACGCAGACCAGGUUGUGUGUGAGAUGGAGUGCCUUGUGCAGAAGAUGCAGUCAUACACACCUGAGGCACUCCGAGAUUCCAACACUGCUGAAACUCUACAGCUGGAGUUCAACACAUCUGUGUACACACAUGCUGUGAUGCUGGUGCGUCGUGCUGAGGAUGUGUUAAACACUGUACCGGAGACUGUGGUCAGACAGAAUCAGGAAGGAUACGAGUGGAUAAAUGAUCUGGAGAGACGGACAAACCAGCUCAGAGCAGUCAUGGAGGUUCAGAACAGGAACCUGAACAGCAUCUGCACCUUCCAUCAGUGCUACCAUAAAAUCCAGCGGUGGUACAGUGUGGCAGUGUGUGAGCGCUUCCUACAGGAUUUGCUGUGGAGAACUUGCCCCAACAAAUAUGACAAGGAGGAAAAACUCCUCUCACACAAGCAGACCAAAGUCUUCUCUGUGAUCGAGGACUUUCUCAGGUUGCAUCCUCCUCCUGAUGUGGGUGAGCUAAAGCAGCUGGCACAGCUGGCUAAUCUCGUACCUGAUGCACACCUGGAGAAUGCAGGAAAGCAGCUUACAAAGAGGUGUUCAACUUUGCGCAAGUUGUUGAUCUCUCCCGGUUCUGUGAAAUUUUCUGACCUCCAGAUGGCCAUGCAGUGGCAGUAUGAGUAUCUAAAGGGGAAGACCGUGGAUUCACCCUCUGACUUCCAUACUCAGAGAAACAUGUGUGAUCAGAAUGUCUAUAGAGAUUCUGACUUCUUUCCUGUAAAUGCCAAUGUUUUGACAAGACAUCAUGGUGCAAAUUAUCAGUCUGGAACAAAGCCACCAUCCCUCAGCUCCUUUGAUUCUGGGUUUGAUGGAGCAGGAAGUGGUCACCUUGAAACAGGAGGUGGAAAGACAUGCCAGGAUGAGGCACCCAGAUCAAAAUCUCCUCUUCUCCAUGUUAAUGAGAAGAAUGCUUCCAGCUCAUCUGAGGGUCUUGUGGAGGAGAAGUCUCUUAGAGCCCCAAGUAUCCACAUCAUUCCAAAUGUAAGUGGAGACACUGUAAACUUUGAGAUCACUGUGAAACGUUCAGCCACGCUUCCCAAAAACCCCUGGCUGAGUCUUCCUGUAGAUGAUCUGGAGAACUGCUACACUGUGAUCAUCUCUCCCACCCAGCAAAGGGAGACUAGGAGCUGUGAUCAGUUAACACAGACUACAGAUACAAGUAUGUGUGAUCUUCAGAAUCAGAGUACAGAGUGGAGCCCCAUCGGCAACGUCCUCUCGAGUACAAUUACAGAUGGAGCUGAAACAUCAGAGGCCAUGCCCACGCUCCUGUGGGACUCGUAUGAUCUGCAUGAAUCGGAUAGCGUGUUACUUGGCGAGCCCGAUUUUGAGUGGGAAAUAAAAGAGCAGCAAGAGCUCAGAGCUGUGGAGGAAAUGCUGAGCCGAACAGCUGGAAUCCUGCAAGAAGAGGAAAGUGUUCUUGCUCAAGAGGAGAUCUUGGAUGUUCUACUGGAAGCAGACAGUCCAUACAGAUUGUGGCCUUCAUGGAGCAAAGCUUGCGAAUUUACACAGAUGACCUCCAGUGACUUGGCUGAAGCAGGUGUGAUUGGAUUGGAGGAUGAUCUCAUCUCCCUUAAUUUUGGAACGGAUGAUGUCUUUUCUCAGAAACAUCCAAGUGGUGUUGCUACACCUCCAUCAGAAGCAGGCUCUGACCCACUCUUUCUUCUUGAAACAGGAAACGGAGGUCCUGAUAGAUCAGAGCUUUUGAAGGAGAUCGAAAAUCUGAAGGCCUUGGAGGAAAAGAUUGUUGAGGAGAACCUGAAAAUCAGUGAGCUGCGUUCAUCCGAAUCGAAGGAAACAAUGAUUUCCCCGAGCCUCAGUGAGAACCGGAAGAGGUUUCUUGAGAAACUGGAACAAGAGAAAAAGGAAGUGGAAGAGAUGGAGAGAAACCUGAGCAUGGAGAUGAAGAAAAGCAAGCCAAAGUGUCUGAGCAAGGGUCGUAAAAUUGUAAGGUGUUCCGUAAUGGGAAAAGGUUCAGUGUUGAGGGAGGAUGAUGAAGCUCUCCUGAUGAGCUGCAAAAGUUCAGCACAAGUCUUCAAUCAUGGACAGCCAUGUUUAGAGAAACCCACCAAUCAGCAACCUUCAGACAUAGCAGGUCAUCAUGUUCACUACGAAGGUUCAUAUCCAGAAGCAUCAAUCGAUUCCAAAUGUUUGAAUGUAACUGCAGAUUCUUCAUCUACUGACUCCAUGAACAUUAGUUUAAAUUUUGAGGAUCAGCAGAAUAUUGAUUCUCCUGCAUCAUCCUUAUUAGUUGCUGUACCUUCUGUCAUAGCAGGUGAUGUUCUCAGAUGUGAUAUUGAGACAAAAAUGACAGACUUGGUAUCUUCAGUCCUAAAUCUUUCUAAUGCUGAAGGUCCUGAUAUUGGAGAAUCAAAAACACUGUUAGAUCCUCACGAUAGCAAAGAAGAAAAGUACUUGGAACCUUCAGAAAUCUUGGAAUCAACUGAACGGUGUAACACAGAUCUCAAGGAGGAAACUUUAAUGUCAGAGGUAGUAUCAUCUACUGCAUUCGAUCCUGGUGGUCCAUCACCCCUUCCUCAAAGUUCUAAACUGAAAAUAUGGAUAAGCACAGAUUUUGAAGAAAAUGCAUCCGAUGCUGUAAAUCAGACUGCUGUUUCCACAUCUUCAGCAUCGUCUGUUGAUUCAAUACCAGUAGAGUGCAAGAUUCCAUGUAGAACAUCAUCAGUGGAGCUCAAACACCACAAUACCAACAAUAACAACCUUCACACUCUGGAUCUCAGAGUUGGUGUAGAGAAUGUGCCUGAAGAACCUGAAGAUCAGAAACCAGAGACAUGGUGUGAAAGUCUGGUCUCCAGGAAUCAAUCACCUCUGCUCGAAACAUCCGAAACUUGUGGGGCAACGGAGAACAAUGAGGUGAAAGUUCGAGUACAUCUUGUUGACAGCGCUGUAACGAGACACGUCUGCAGAUCUCCGGUUCUGCAACUUCACAUCUGCACUAGAGAGAUGAGUGAUUUUCAGACCCCUGUGGUGUUGGACACCGGGUCCAGUUUGGUGAAAGCUGGAUUUGCUGACCAGGAUCUGCCCACCACCAUCUUCCCCACCGCUGUUGGUCGUCCCAAGUACAUGGAGGUGAUGAGCGGCAGUGUGGAGCGUGAUGUGUAUGUGGGACAUGACGCCCAGCACAUGAGGGGCGUGUUAACACUUCAUUACCCAAUGAGGAACGGUGUUGUGUCCGACUGGGAUCAGAUGGAGAUGAUCUGGAGUCAUGCAUUUGAGCAGUUGCGGGUGUGUAGUGAGGAUCACCCUGUAUUGCUGACUGAGGGAGUAGUGAGCGUACGUGAGAACCGCCAGCAUUCUAUCCAGCUCAUGUUUGAGUCCUUUAAUGUUCCACUUGCAUACAUGGCACUGCAGCCGGUACUGGCGCUGUACGCAACUGGCCGGACCACCGGCUUGGUGUUUGACUCUGGAGAUGGUGUGAGUCACAGCGUCCCUGUGUUUGAUGGUUACUGUCUACCUCAUGCUGUUCAGCGUUUUAAUCUAGCAGGAAAUGACAUCACACUGCACCUUAAACAGCUGUUGAUGGAGCAGGGUGUGUGCAUGCGGACGUCUGCUGAGAUGGAGAUUGUGCGUGAGAUUAAGGAAAAAUGCUGCUUCGUAGCUCUAAACUAUGAGGCGGAGCUUGGUGGAGGAGGCAGAGCCGGCGCUCAGAUGCAUUACACUCUACCUGACGGACAUGUCAUCUCCUUGACGAUGGAACGGUUUAGAGCGCCGGAGAUCCUGUUCAGGCCAGAGCUGAUCGGUCAGGAUUAUUAUGGGAUGCACGAGAGCAUUUUCAGAUCUGUUCUUCGGUCGGACGUUGACCUGCGCAGGGAUCUGGUGGGAAAUAUUGUCCUUUCAGGUGGUAACACGCUGCUGGCUGGACUUCCUGAACGUCUGCAGCAUGAGAUCAGCGGUUUGGCCCCUGUAGGUUUGGGUGAAAGGGUAAAGGUCACGAGUUCUCCAGAUCGAGAUUUCUCCGUGUGGAGAGGAGGAGCUGUACUUGCCAACAUGCCAUCCUUCUCCUCAGCCUGGAUCAGCCAGGAGGAGUACGAGGAAUUCGGACCCCAGAUCGUCUUCAGGAAGUGUUUCUAAACCGAUCUACAGGAACCGCUUCAGAGCUUUUAGAAAAGCGUUCUGAAGUGGUUCAGACGCUGGUUGUUUUAAAUGUGAGGAAUUUUGCUUCAGAUGGUCUUCUGGAUGGAGACAUCUCACUCCCUCACUGUGAGAAACCUGUAAAGAGGUCAGCUUUUUCCUGAAGGGUUUUACUUUCCUCUCCAGACGAGUCUGGAGGGGGAGUCUGUGAGGUCCACCGUCAUGCUGGGAGCAGGUUCCUCCAGCCGGCUGUGUAGAGUGUAGACCUUCUUCAGGAUGUUCCUGAGCUCCCUUUCUGGACGAACUUUACGGUUCUCUUCGGGAAGUUCCUCUGAGGUGUUUACACCCCACAUCUUCAGGAAUUGAGCAUUGUUGCUGAAUGAUCAGUUGAUCAUGGUGCCAAAUUUGGGUGGAAAUGAAGGCGAGGAAAAAUUCUUCUAAAGUGAUUUUUUUAUAUAUAUAUAUA